AUGGCGGCGGAGACAUCCCGUCUAGAUCAGAGCGGCGGCGGCGGCCUCCCCUCCAACGGCGUGCACGAUGCUCCCUGCAUCGGCGUGGUCGGUGCCCCCUCAAUCGGCUUGGACGUCCGACGCGGCCCCGUCUCCCUUCCGGCAGCGGCAGUGGAGUCCUUUCCCAACCCACCUGGCGGCACUCCUGUGCCCUGCGGAUCCUGGCGUGCGAUGCACAUGCUGGGCGCGGGCUCCACGAUGUGGAUCUGUGCGUACAAAUCCCAGGAACAGCGGCUGCUAGAUCUUUUUGAUGGAUUUUGUUUGUACAAAAAUAAAGAUGAGUUUGUUUGA